GGCAAAUCUAAUUUAUUCUGGAACUUAAUGUGAAGAUAUCUGUUACUGGAUUAAGAUGGCUGAAGAUUGUGCCUCUAUGGGUAUAAAAGAGUACAAUGCUGAAACACUGACUGAUCUUCUACAUGACUAUGUAGCCAGUGUCAAAGAGCUCUCUCACACUAUCACCAACUCCAUGGACGAUACAAGUAAACAUGAUGCUAAGGAGGAUGACAUAGGACAGAUUAUUUCACACCUGCUGGAACUGGGAGAUGACAUGAAAGAUAGUUUCCCUAAUGAAACUGAAAUCUCAGAGUCUUGGAGAAACCUGGGUCAGACAAUGGAAUCAGGGUUAAAACUCGUCAAAAAGUUACUGGAGAAGAGGAGGCCAGAUCCUAUUCAAGAGCUUGGUGGGAGUAUGUCCAUUGCUGUGUCUGUUAAUAUUGUUUUUAACAGUAGAGAGAAGAAAGCACUGAGGAAACACAAAGAUGAAAUGGAUGGGGGAGUAAAGGAUACUAAGAAAAAAUCGGAUUUGCAGAACACAUCCAGAGAAUCUGAAGAGAUAAUAUUUUUUAGAGAACACAAGUUCACACUCCUACAUCGCAUAGGGAACUUGAUGCCUCUUCUGAUAGCUCUACAGCAGGAUAGAGUUUUGGAUGAUAUUGAAAGGGAAGAAAUCAACAGCAAACCGACACCAAUUGAGAAGAAUCAAGUUCUUAUUACUAAGGUGGAAAAAAAAGGCAAAAGAGCCCAAAAAAGGUUUUAUCAUGCACUUAGGUCAUCCGACCCUUCCCUGUUUCAGGAUCUCCUGGAUAAAUAAUUAAAUAAAUCUGUGUGUAUUGAAAGAGGUGAAAUCAACAGCAGAGCUACAGCAAUUGAGAGUCGGGUUAUUCUGUGUUACACUGUUCUGCUGUGUUGUACUCUUCAAAGUCUUUGUUUCAAAAUUCCCAAUAAGGCAACUGAUUAUACACCAAGGAAAAAUGUAAAUCAUUUCUUCUCAAUGACAGCGACAAAAUAUGAUGGCGAUAUAUAAUAU